AUGAACCAUGUGAAGGAGUGCCCAAACAAGAAGGCUUACGGUACAGGGGACACAGGGGUAUACAGAGGAUACAGGGGACACAGAGGACACAGAGGAUACAGGGGAUACAGGGGACACAGGGGUAUACAGAGGAUACAGGGGACACAGAGGACACAGGGAAUACAGAGGAUACAGGGGACACAGAGGACACAGGGAAUACAGGGGAUACAGGGGACACAGGACACAGAGGAUACAGGGGACACAGAGGACACAGGGGAUACAGGGGACACAGAGGACACAGAGGAUACAGGGGACACAGAGGACACAGGGGACACAGAGGACACAGGGGAUACAGGGGACACAUGGAAUACAGGGGAUACAGGGGACACAGGGAAUACAGGGGAUACAGGGUAUACAGCGGACACAUGGAUUACAGGGGACACAUGGAAUACAGGGGAUACAGGGGGACACAGGGACACAGAGGAUACAGGGGACACAGGGGGUCCCCACAGGGACACAGGGGGAAUACAGGGGACACAGGGGGGACACAGAGGAUACAGGGGAGGGUCCCCACAGGAGACACAGGGUAUACAGGGAGGGGAGGGUACAGGGGACACAGUAUACAGGGAUACAGGGGACACAGGGGGUAUACAGAGGAUACAGGGGACACAGAGGGGACACAGGGAUACAGGGGACACAGGGAUACAGGACACAGGGGUAUACAGAGGAUACAGGGGACACAGAGGACACAGGGGAUACAGGGGACACAGAGGAUGGACACAGGGAUACAGGGGAUACAGGGGACACAGGGAAUACAGGGGAUACAGGGUAUACAGCGGACACAUGGAUUACAGGGGACACAGGAUCCCCACAGGAGACACAGGGUAUACAGGGGACACAGGGGAUACAGGGAAUACAGGGGACACAGGGGAUACAUGGAAUACAGGGGACACAGGGUCCCCACAGGAGACACAGGGUAUACAGGGAAUACAGGGGACACAGGGUCCCCACAGGAGACACAGGGGAUACAGGGAAUACAGGGGACACAGGGUCCCCACAGGAGACACAGGGUAUACAGGGAAUACAGGGGACACAGGGUAUACAGGGAAUACAGGGGACACAGGGGAUACAGGGAAUACAGGGGACACAGGGGAUACAGGGAAUACAGGAGACACAGGGGAUACAGGGAAUACAGGAGACACAGGGGACACAGGGGACACAGGGGAUACAGGGAAUACAGGGGACACAGGGGAUACAUGGAAUACAGGGGACACAGGGGAUACAUGGAAUACAGGGGACACAGGGGAUACAGGGAAUACAGGGGACACAGGGGAUACAGGGGAAUACAGGGGACACAGGGAUACAGGGGACACAGGGGACACAGGGAAUACAGGGGACACAGGGUAUACAGGGAAUACAGGGGACACAGGGAUACAGGGAUACAGGGGACACAGGGGACACAGAGGACACAGGGAAUACAGAGGAUACAGGGGACACAGAGGACACAGGAGGAUACAGGGGAUACAGGGGACACAGAGGAUACAGGGGACACAGAGGAUACAGGGGACAUGGGAUACAGGGGAUACAGGGGACACAGAGAACACAGGAUACAGGGGACACAGAGGACACAGAGGAUACAGGGGACACAGAGGACACAGAGGAUACAGGGGACACAGGGGAUACAGGGGACACAUGGGGAUACAGGGGGGACACAGGGAGGGGAUACAGGGGGGGACACAGACAUGGAUACAGGGGACACAGGGGAUACAGGGAAUACAUACAGGGAAUACAGGGGACACAGGGUAUACAGGGAAUACAGGGGACACAGGGACACAGGUUAUACAGGGGACACAGGGAUACAGGAAUACAGGGACACAGGGAUACAGGGAAUACAGGGGACACAGGGUCCCCACAGGGGACACAGGGUAUAGGGGAUACAGGGACAUACAGGGGACACAGGGAUACAGGGAAUACAGGGGACACAGGAGGGGAUACAGGGAAUACAGGGGAGGGUCCCCACAGGAGACACAGGGGUAUACAGGGGACACAGGGGAUACAGGGAAUACAGGGGACACAGGGGAUACAGGGAAUACAGGGGAUACAGGGAAUACAGGAGACACAGGGGAUACAGGGUAUAUAGGGAAUACAGGGGAUACAGGGAAUACAGGGGACACAGGGGAUACAGGGAAUACAGGGGACACAGGGGAUCCCCACAGGGGACACAGGGGAUACAGGGAAUACAGGGGACACAGGGGAUACAGGGAUACAGGGAAUACAGGAGGGGACACAGGGGAUACAGGGGAUACAGGGAAUACAGGGGACACAGGGGAUACAGGGGACAGGGUAUACAGGGAUACAGGGAAUACAGGGGACACAGGGGAUACAGGGAAUACAGGGGACACAGGGUAUACAGGGGACACAGGGGAACACAUACAGGAGACACAGGGGAUACAGGGGAUACAGGGGACACAGGGGAUACAGGGGACACAGGGUAUACAGGGGACAGGGAAUACAGGGGACACAGGGGAUACAGGGAAUACAGGGGACACAGGGGAUACAGGGAAUACAGGGGACACAGGGGACACAGGGACACAGGGGAUACAGGGAAUACAGGGGACACAGGGGAUACAGGGACACAGGGGAUACAGGGAAUACAGGGGACACAGGGGGAAUACAGGGGACACAGGGGAUACAUGGAAUACAGGGGACACAUGGAAUACAGGGGACACAGGGUAUACAGGGAAUACAGGGGACACAGGGUAUACAGGGAAUACAGGGGACACAGGGGACACAGGGUCCCCACAGGAGACACAGGGUAUACAGGGUAUACAGGGUAUACAGGGAAUACAGGGGACACAGGGGAUACAGGGAACACAGGGGACACAGGGUCCCCACAGGAGACACAGGGUAUACAGGGAACACAGGGGAUACAGGGGACACAGGGGAUACAGGGAAUACAGGGGACACAGGGCAGACAUGGACAGUGAGUGA